AAAGGUGGAAUAAAAGGUACUGUCGAUAUUUGGCAGCUUCUUAGUCGUUUUGGUUCAAAAUUUGCUGAAUUCACACAUUUCCCGGCACAUGUAUAUUAGGCUGCCAUAGAUUUGAACACGGUCACUUCCGGGUUUCGAGCUGACCAUAUACAAAUACAUAGCCAGACUGGGUGUCGUGUUUUGGAAUAUCGCGAAACUGGUCAGACAAGUGUGCUUCUUCGCGACUCUUUCUAUGAUUUAAUGCUUUAUUUUCGUCGCCACCGCUUUCAAGGAUUAGACUUCGAGGGAAAACCUAGUGUCCGUCCCAGUCAACCAAAUGAGAAAUCCAACAAAUAUGGCAACUGCACUGACAGAACAGACAGUUUCACAGUUGCUGGAUUUCAACCAGAAACUAGAUAUUAAUUUAUUAGAUAAUGUAGUUGUCUGUCUCUACACUGGUGAAGGUAGUCAGCAACGAAUGGCACAGGAAGUUCUGACAACUUUGAAGGAACACCCAGAUGCCUGGACGAGAGUUGACACAAUACUUGAAUAUUCACAGAAUCAGCAAACUAAAUAUUAUGCUCUGCAAAUCUUGGAGACUGUCAUUAAAUCAAGAUGGAAAGUUUUACCAAGGAGUCAGUGUGAGGGAAUUAAAAAAUAUACUGUUGGACUCAUAAUCAGAAUUUCUUCAGAUUCUGAGAAUUUAGAGAAAGAAAAGGUUUAUCUGGGAAAGCUGAACAUGAUAUUAGUACAGAUUCUGAAACAGGAGUGGCCAAAGAACUGGCCUUCAUUUAUUGGAGACAUUGUUGGAGCCAGUAAAACUAAUGAAUCUCUUUGCCAGAACAAUAUGCAUAUUUUAAAAUUGCUCAGUGAGGAAGUGUUUGAUUUCUCUAGUGGACAAAUGACUCAAACCAAAGCUAAACAUUUGAAAGACAGUAUGUGCACUGAAUUUUCACAGAUAUUUCAACUUUGCCAGUUUGUCAUGGAUAAUUCUCAGAAUGCACCAUUGGUAGGGUCCACCCUUCAUACCCUACUCAGAUUUCUCAACUGGAUACCCUUGGGCUAUAUUUUUGAAACAAAGCUCAUUACAACACUUGUAUACAAGUUUCUCAAUGUACCCAUGUUCCGCAAUGUGACGUUGAAGUGCUUGACUGAAAUUGCUGGUGUCCAUGUCAAUCAGUAUGAUGAGCAGUUUGUUAUGUUAUUCACGCUAACAAUGACCCAACUAAAACAAAUGCUGCCACCUGAAACAAAUCUUAAAGAUGCGUAUGCUAAUGGACGAGAUGAUGAGCAGAACUUUAUUCAAAAUCUCAGUCUUUUCCUCUAUACAUUCCUCAAAGAGCACAGUCAGUUAAUUGAGAGAAAGCAAGACCUACAUGCGUCAUUAAUGGAGUCAUUGCAGUACUUGGUUCUAAUAUCAGAGGUUGAAGAGACUGAAAUCUUCAAGAUUUGCUUGGAAUAUUGGAACAGUCUUGCAUCUGAACUCUAUAGAGAAAGUCCUUUCUCGUCAACACCAUUCUUGCUUGGUCAGCAGAACAGUGAAAUGCCUGCAAGAAGACAGUUGUACAACCCCGUUUUGUCCAGGGUACGGCGUGUGAUGAUAUCACGAAUGGCCAAACCAGAAGAAGUUCUAGUUGUGGAGAAUGAUCAAGGAGAAGUUGUGAGAGAAUUUAUGAAAGAUACUGAUUCAAUUAAUUUAUAUAAAAAUAUGAGGGAAACGUUAGUUUACCUAACCCAUUUAGACUACGGUGACACAGAACAGAUAAUGACAGAAAAACUACAUUUACAAGUGAAUGGACAAGAGUGGUCUUGGAAAAAUCUCAACACACUUUGUUGGGCUAUUGGAUCAAUAAGUGGUGCAAUGCAUGAAGAAGAUGAGAAAAGAUUCUUGGUAACAGUUAUCAAAGAUUUGUUGGGUUUAUGUGAACAGAAAAGAGGCAAAGACAACAAAGCGAUCAUAGCUUCAAAUAUUAUGUAUGUCGUUGGUCAGUAUCCAAGGUUUCUCAGAGCACAUUGGAAAUUCCUCAAGACUGUUGUCAAUAAGCUGUUUGAAUUCAUGCAUGAAACACACGAUGGUGUUCAAGAUAUGGCUUGUGACACAUUUAUAAAAAUCGCUCAGAAAUGCAGAAGAUAUUUUGUUCAAGUGCAAGUUGGAGAGGUGAUGCCAUUUAUUGAAGAAAUUCUUAACAGUAUCAACACAAUCAUUUGUGAUCUUCAGCCACAACAGGUUCACACAUUCUAUGAAGCUGUUGGAUAUAUGAUAAGUGCUCAAACAGAUACAGUUGUCCAAGAACAUUUGAUAGAAAAAUACAUGAUGCUACCAAACCAAGUGUGGGAUGGAAUCAUCCAACAAGCUUCUAAGAAUGUUGAUAUUCUUAGGGAGCCUGAAAUUGUCAAACAACUUGGAAGUAUUCUCAAGACAAACGUUAGAGCGUGUAAAGCUGUGGGACAUCCUUUUGUUGUACAGCUUGGUAGAAUUUAUUUAGAUAUGCUGAACAUCUACAAAUGUAUGAGUGAAAACAUAUCAGGAGCAAUAUCUACUAAUGGAGAAAUUGUUACCAAACAGCCUCUCAUACGCAGUAUGCGUACUGUUAAAAAAGAGACUCUUAAACUUAUUUCUGGUUGGGUUAGCAGGUCUAAUGAUCCUCAGAUGGUUGUUGAUAAUUUUAUUCCACCAUUACUUGAUGCAGUACUUGGAGAUUAUGCACGGAAUGUUCCAGCAGCUCGAGAACCUGAAGUGUUAGGCACAAUGGCAACAAUCGUAAAUAAACUAGAAGGAAAUAUUACUGUAGAAGUACCAAAAAUCUUUGAUGCUGUAUUUGAGUGUACACUUGAGAUGAUUAAUAAGAACUUUGAAGAGUUUCCAGAACAUAGGACCAAUUUCUUCUUGCUGCUACAAGCAGUCAAUUCACAUUGUUUUACAGCUUUACUCAACAUCCCACCUCUGCAAUUUAAGUUAGUUUUAGACUCCAUCAUCUGGGCUUUCAAACAUACUAUGAGGAAUGUAGCAGAUACAGGUCUUAAUAUACUGUAUGGAUUACUGCAAAAUGUCUGGCAAAAUGAACAAGCCGCACAAAGUUUUUACCAAACAUAUUAUACUGAUAUUCUUCAACAUGUGCUUUCAGUUGUGACAGACACUUCUCAUACAGCAGGUCUGACGAUGCAUGCGACUAUUUUAUCCUACAUGUUCAAUUUAGUUGAGCAUAACAAGAUAAAUGUGCCAUUGUCGCAACAACAGGCAUCUUUAACCAAUGAUAUGUAUAUCAAAGAAUUCACUGCCAAUCUUUUAAAAGCUGCAUUCCCUCAUCUACAAGAUGCUCAAGUUAAAAUAUUUGUGACUGGUUUAUUCAGUUUGAACCAUGAUAUUCCACAGUUCAAAGAACAUCUAAGAGAUUUUCUUGUACAAAUAAAGGAGUUUGCUGGGGAUGAUACCACUGACCUUUAUCUAGAAGAACGUGAAACAUCUCUCAAGCAAGCAGAAGAAGAGAAAAGGAAAAUCCAACUGGCUGUACCUGGAAUUAUUAACCCUCAUGAUAUACCCGAGGAGAUGCAAGACUAAGUUGUUCUGUUUCCAACCUGAUAAAGUACAUGUAAAUUCACAGUGAUAAAGAUCACUGGAGUUAAAAAGAUUGAAUUGCAGUUCGAUCAACACCUCAGCAAUUAUGCUCUCUACUUACCAACUUUUUGAUUUAGUACAUAUUCCAUGAUGCAUAUAUUUUGUUCAAUAUUCAGCAAUAGGUCGCCAGAUCUUAAAAUUAAGCAGUAUUUUUGGUGCAUAUGUUUGUGUCAUUCUAUUUUUAUCCUUGUCUCCUGUAAUAAACGUUAUAAAAUGUUUUAUUUUAUAUCAGUUAUAUAUGGUAUCAGAUCAAUUAUUGUUUAAAAUGAUCUAUAUAUUCAUGAUAUGUCAUAACACAAAAUGCUGAAAAUGCAAAACUAUGGGUCUGUUAAAUUCAUCUAUAACCUGAUCUGUCACUUAAAUUUUACAAUUAGGAAAACUAACUCCAUUAUUUAAGAUGUAUGACUUUUGUUGAACUAAAUAAAGUUUUCAUCUAUUUUACCAAAAUUGUGGUUGUAGGAAAUAGGUGAUAUUUUGGACAUUAUUUUGCAGUAAACCCUAAAUCCACACUAAAAGAACUUUGAUAGAAAAGGUGUGUUUGGGAUAAUCCAUUUUUUGUAAAACUUAUUUUUCAUUAAAAGUAUAUAUGCCUUUAUUGUAUGUGUCCCAUAAGGGGGCUUUUAUAUUUACAAAUGAAACUCCUUAGUGAAGUAGCAUCAGUGGUAUAAAAGUAUGGGAAUAUUGUUAAAAGAAUACAGCUGACCUCAUGGCCCAAAAUUGGUUUCUUUGUAUGUGCAGAAUCCUAUUGCUUUGGAUGCCGAGUUGUACUGUAAGAUUUGCAAUUUAGACCACACCUAAAUUGAAAAAAAAUGCAACCUUGUCCCAGCAAUUUGACACCACACAGUUGGGCUGCAGCAAUUAUUGAAGUUUUUGUUUAAGUUUUUUUGUAAAUUAGGUACAAGGCCUAAAAGAAAUGCAAACAUAAACAAGAACACGACAGUGGUAUAAACUAAAUGUCACAGUAAAAUCAAAUAAAUGACCAACAAAACAAUCUCCGUACAACAUGCCUGGACACAGAUUUUAAAUAAAAGGCACAGUUCCUUUAUUUUCUUACAAGAACACCGCACAAAUAUAAUUAAGGCAGCUUGUCUCGUCUUUUAAUUGAUAUUUCUUUGAGUCUCUGGAUAUAAAUAAGUUCAUGAUCAUAGGCCCUAAUUACAUCAUGCAAUUAUGAACGUUUUCUCUUAAUAUUACUUUUUUGUAUUCACAAUUUCCAUGUAUUUAUUGUGUUGAUCUUUUGUUUACAUUUUUGUAGAGAUAACAUUUUCAAUUUUUUGUUUUUGUACCGAAGAAAAAUGGCCAUCAUUCAAGAUUUCAUAAAAAUAUAAGCAUUAUUUUGUUAGUGUGUACUUUCUAAUCAUGCCCAUUUAAUGCAAUGACAACCACAUGUCCAACUAAAUUGUGCUUUUUGGUCAUUUGAUAAUUUUUUUUAAAACUGACAGACUGUGUAAUCUAUGACUGGUUAGUUUUGCUGUAAAUAAAUUUCUCUUGCAGUUUGUGUUUCAUGUUGGAAGUUUAGAACUAUCGCAAAAAAUAAUAUAUUCCAUUUCUAUAGCGCCCUCCCCCUUCCCCAAAUGAUUAUUUGAAAUGUCUUGUCUUAUUUUAGAACAUUUGUAUAACAUUGUAUUAUUGAUACCAGUAACUCGUGAUUCUAUCCGGCCUAGGGACAGAAAUUGCAACAGUAUUGUUUGGAAUUACCCAAACACUGAUAAAACAUAAUUGUGUCACUAAUAGAAGCAUAUUUGAACAAAAAUUAUCCUGGACUAAUUAAAUUGCAUGCAUCUUUCAUGAUCAUCAUAGAUAAGUGUCUCGUCUGUCAUGAAUAUACUUUUUUUUUUUACUAUAUCAUUUUUUUUCCUAACUGAUCUAUUUUAUGUUGUCUUUGAAUGAAAGGGAAAAAACUACAGUUAAAAUGUAUUACAAAACUCUGGUCAUAAAAUAACCUAUUAUUGAAUACUGACAGUUGUAUAGAAACUAGCUUAUCAGUUAUUCAUCCUUGCUUUAAAAACUGUUAAUACAGCAAUUCCAUUGGACUCUUGUAAGGCCAUACUGAAAAACUAGUGGAAAUCCUUCCUUCCUUCCUUCCUCCGUCUUUCUCAAAAUUUGUGAAUUGCUUUACAGAAAUCAAAAUGCAUCUAGCUAUUUAGUGACAAACAAUUAGGUUCUGAUGUGACUGGUACCGAAAUAGACUUGUAAGUUUUAUAACAUUUUAUAUUAGAUUCAUGGUGCAAUAUGUAUGAUUGUUGAAAAUUUAUUAGUUUAGCUUUAUUCAUUGAACCGUAGCAUAUUACUACCUGUAGCAUAAUGCUUCAAUUAUUUGUUAAGCAGAAAUUAAGUGGAUUUGUUUUUUAUUUUUUCAUAUUUAAGAGUGCAUUACCUGUAUCCGGAUAAUUCACACUCAAAAAGUUAAACAAAAAAAAUAUUGAACAAGAUUUGUAUAGUCAGCAACUAUCUUUGUAAAUGUCUAUUUGUAAUGGGUUUUCAAGAAAAUAGUUAUUGUUUUGCAAAGGAGCAUUGAGGGGUGUUUACCAUUGUAUGAAUAUCAACUGAAAAGUCUACUGUUUUUUUAUUGAGGAAAACUAGAAUGUCUGCAUGGUCUGUUCUAAGUCCUGCAUGAGAAGAAAGGCAAUAAAAUCUAUUAUCUCAA